AUGCAGUAUAUCGCUGAUUCAAUCCCUUCACGAUAUUUCUACUUGAUCAGCAACAAGUCAUCAGCAUACGACCAGAUAGUCGCUUUACAGGGACGGUUUAAACCUUCAGCAUACGAGGAACAAUCCUACUGCCUUCGAGCAUACGAGAAGGUGUGCCACGGCCCUAAAAGGUCUCAAGACAUCAAGAAAUGGAUAGAGGACUUUGAGGCCGCAGCAGGAAGCUGUAUUGAAGCAGAAGUACCCAUGAUAUCUCAAUCAGUAUUGGUCCAUACGUUCUUGAAGGCGAUUGCAGAGUUUGAUCGAAUCUAUACAACACCUGAACUGAAGCAGUAUAGAAGCUGUACUGCAGAGGAAAGGGAAACGUUAACUCUCGGCGAAACAAUCGACAAAUAUCUCCUAUAUCUCGCUGAAGAAGGAACGGAUUCAUUUGAAAAAACAAACGUAUUCGCUACUCUUCAAGGAGUCAGUAAUCAGCAGAAGAAUAAAGCCAAAAACAGUGCAAGAUCUCACGAUACUCAACCCUACAUUCCUAUCUGUAUCUGCAAGGCAAAACACCGUUUUUAUGACUGCCCCUACGUCGAUCCACGCCUACAGGAGGCAGGAUGGUUCUCUGACCCCGAAAUCGUGAAACAAUUUGACUCCUGCAGGUCAGGACCUUCAACGCCUACAAGACAAGCGUUACGAAGGCAGGAAAAUAAGAUCAAACAGCGAGAUGGAGAUAGCAAGCCCCCUUCAUUCAUUUGCGCAGUCAUGGCUUUACCUACCAAAGAUAAGGCAACCCAGCAAGACGUCCUUACAGUGAGAAAAAAUGUUACAAAUCAACAAAAUGUCUAUUCAAAUGAAACAGGCAUUUUAACGCUUCGGAAUAGCUUUAUAGCGGACACUGGAGCGGAUACCUACGUUUGCAAUAACCGGAAGAGAUUCAGAGAUUUCCGCCGCGCUGCGCCUGACGAUUAUCUCCGCGCAGGCAACACAGAGAUCAAGAUAGAAGGAUUUGGCACUGUUGACAUCAAUUUGACUGCUCCUAACGGAGAAUCAAGAAUAAUGACACUUCUUGAAACUGCCUAUAUCUCUGAUUUCAUGACGAAUAUAGUGUCGCUCAACCGUACAGCGAAUGCAGGCCUUUACCUGAAUCAGCGCCUCGAGGUGCUUGAAAAUCGCGAAGGCAUCCCGUUUUGCAAAGUUUUCAGAAGAUUCAAACACUGGCUACUAGAGGUGAAGGAGGCCCCUGCAGCAUUCAACACGAUUCAAGAUCGUCAGCAAACUGCAAUUCAAACGCCUCAAGAUAAUGAGAAAGCCCCUACCGACAAGGUCAAACGUCGCAGUGAGAUGCAACGUAUCUCAACGGCUUCAGUAGAGCGUUGGCACCAGCGAAUGGGCUACCUCCACGAUGAAACGAUUCACUACCUACACGAAGCGAUUGAAGGAGUAGAGAUCUCGUUUAAAUCUCGUGAUCCACACUGCGAGACCUGCCUGCUCGCUAAGCCGAUUCGUCAGAUCUCAAGGAGGCCAGUAGAGAGAUCCCCAGACGCCUGGGAUAAGGUCCAUUUUGACCUUAUAAAGGUCAGCUCUGCAUACAACGGUAACCAGUGGAUUGGCAACUUCAUAGAUGACGCUACAGGCUGGAGAAAGGUCUAUACAGCCCCGAAUAAGAAUGCCCUGGUCCCCGAGAUCAAAAGCCUCGUCAAAUGGAUCAAAACCCACUUUAACAAGACCCCUAAGACCUUUGUCUGUAAUAACGAGCAGACGCUCGGACGAGAGUUUAUUCUCUUCUGCAAAGAUGAAGGAAUUACAAUAUUACAUUCGGCUCGCUACACCCCGGAACAGAAUGGCUUCAUAGAGAGAGGCGGAGGAAUCAUAACUUCACGAUCACGGAGUUUAAUGAUUAACUCCCGUUUACCCGUCGAUCUAUGGCCUCAUGCAGUUAAAGCUUCUGUAUACCUGCUUAAUCGCACCCCCACUAAGCGAGGAGAUCAGUGGACGACCCCCUUUGAACGCCUGUAUAGCAAGAAACCCCGCUUGUCAGGACUUCAUCUCUUCGGAUGCAGGGCGUACGUGAGAAUCCACCGGAAAGCGCUCAGCGACAAGAUGACUCCACGAGCCUGGAUAGGCUACCUCGUGGGUUUCACAGCUUCAAAUUUGUGGAAGAUAUGGAGCCCUCAAAAACGCAGAAUUUAUAAAGAAAGAGACGUUAUAUUUAACGAAGAUCGUCUUUACGAUCCAACCGAACCGUUUCUAGAAGAUAUUAUCGCUAAGGAGGUGCCUGUACCUCCAGGAACUAUAGGAAAUCGCUUACCAGCAAGGUUCCUGCAACAAGACGAAGAAUCGAACAUUUCUGACUCUGAUGAUGAAAUUCAAGAGGUUGUGCGAUAUCGUGAGGCUCCAGCUAAGCGAGAUAGUAAGAAUAAUCAGGAAUCAUCUGACCUGCCUACCUUACCAACGCCUGAAACAACACCUGAAGUAAUGCCUGAGCUACCUCAGCAAGAUUUAACUCGUCCAUCCACUCCACCAUCCUACGAAUCGAUUCCUGGAGGAUUCCCUGCCGAAUCGCCUCAAAGGCAACCUACAGAGGCCAGGGAACCCUCGGGAGGUGAAGACAACGAGUUCAAAGAGAGCUGGUCCCCUGGGGAUCAGCUAAACAAUCAGUUAAAUAAAAUGAUGUUAGUCUCUGAUCCUACACCCCCUGAUCCUCGCCCAAGGCAGCGAAAUAAGCGAGAUAGGGAUCACACAGACCUAAACCCGGAAAUCAACGUGAUUACUGGUAGAAGAAAUCGACGACCAGUAGCAAGAUACAACACAGAAGAAUGGAGUGCAAAUUUCAAUACCUACUACACCGUUUUCUGCACGGCGUACGCGAAUACGAUCCCUGAUUAA